GCCUAUUUCUAGAACGGUCCCUUUUCGUCGCAGAGAAACUGAAACUUCGUAAUUUGAGGUCCGCUAAACCAUAAAGAGUUCCGUGGACUUGAUAUCAACGCAGGCCUGGAGCUCGAAUGUGAAGUAAUUGGUCCCAUUCCAUGGCUCAAUUUUGACAGGGUGGAGUUACCAAUUUAGAAACCGGGCUCUGCACAGUGCUCAAACCCCAAUACACGGGAAUUUGGCCACUUCCGAGGGCAGCUGCGUGCAUUCCGGAUUGUUUAAUUGCAAUAGUGUAGUGGUUAACGUCUCUCUUUGAUGCAAGCGGCUUUGGGAUAUAAAAAGGCAGACACCCAGCAGCUGGAUCGGAUCAAUUGACUCUUUUCCACACAAACCAGCAACACAGCUUGCGGCCAAAAGUCUUGUUUCUGCAAUAAUGGUUGCAAUUUCCAAGCUCGUGAACAACGGGCUUCUUCUCGUGGGCUCCUCUUUCUACAGAGACUUGGCCACUCCCCAGCAAGCCUCGGUUGAGUCUUACAAUGUGGUGAGAUUCUUGGGCGGCUCAGGGCCAUACGUGCAGCACCCGGGAUAUGGGAUCUCUACCGAUGUUCCUCCCCAAUGUACCUUGGAGCAGGUGCACUUGAUGUCAAGACACGGCGAGAGAUACCCUUCCAAAAAUGUCGGGGCUAGUCUCGAGACAAUCAUGGCCAAAGUGGAUAACUACAACCAGACUUUUGUUGGCGAGUUGGCGUUCUUUAACGACUACACGUACUUUGUGUCGGAUUCGGACUACUACGAGAAGGAGACCUCGUCCUUCAACUCCGAGGGCACGUUUGCCGGCACUGCCGACGCCCUCAGACACGGCAUGUCGUUCAGAUCAAAGUACCAGACGCUUUUCAACUCGUCCGAAGAGACCCUCAAGGUGUUCACGUCCAACUCGGUCAGAUGCCACGAGACCAGUAAGUACUUUGCACGCGGUUUCAUGGGCGACGAGUACGACGACGAGUCGGUGGACUACUACAUCAUUGCUGAGGAUAGUGACAUGGGAGCCAACUCUUUGACCCCUCGGAAGGCGUGCACCAACUACGACAAGGACAUCAACGAGGACAUCAUUGAUCAGUACAACAUGAGUUUCUUGGCCGACGCCAGAGACAGAAUCGUCGAGGGCAACACCAACUUCAACUUGACCACCGAUGACGUCGAGAACAUGUUCGAGUGGUGCGCGUACGAGAUCAACGUCCGCGGCUCGUCGCCAGUCUGUGAUCUUUUCACCAACGAAGAGUACAUUCGCUACUCGUACUCUGUCGAUGUCGACAAGUACUACUCGAACUCGUUCGGAAACAACAUGACCGCCACUGUCGCUGCGCCAUACUUGAACGCCACGAUGCAGUUCAUGAAGGAGGAGACCCCCGAGUUCAAGGUGCUCUUGGCUUUCACCCACGACACGGAUCUUGAGAUCUUCCACUCCGCACUUGGCCUUGUGGAGCCGGACCACGACUUGCCAACAGACCACGUGCCUUUCCCCAGUCCAUACUCGCACGUCCAGGUGACGCCCCAGGGCGCCCGGAUCAUCACCGAGAAAUACAACUGUGGCGGCACUUCGUACGUGAGAUACUUGAUCAACGACGCCGUGUUGCCCAUCAAGACGUGCCAGGACGGCCCCGGCUUUUCAUGCGAGAUGUCGAAAUACGAGUCUUAUAUCGAGCUGAGAUUGCAGGGCAAGGACUACGAGACCCAGUGUGGCAUUGAGCCCGGUGUGCCCUCCACGGUGUCCUUUUUGUGGGACUACAAGACCGGAAACUAUACUGCUGCCGAUAUUGACAAGUAGGCGUGUCUGCUCGCAGAUGGGAGCUGGGCUUCUGGAUGUUUUGGAUAUGGAUACCCACCUGGACUUCAGAAUUGACGCUCCUAGAAUUCAUAAUUGACACACUUAGACUAAUAGACACCCUCUUGGAAUUGAACAUGAAUACCAAUCAACAUUCAUAAUAGACGCCAUCCCGACUUUAUCAUGGCCAAUUAGUUGGGUCAUAAGUCCGCUCGGGUUUUACGGUAGACACCAACCCAGCCUCCAGAAUGGAUACACCCUUAUACUUGGUAAUAGAUACUCAAAAAGACCUCAAAGUAUAUACAGAUCUGGUCUUCAAAACAGAUACCAGCUCAGUCCUCUUAAUCUGGAUCUACUCAGACUUAAUCAUGAACGCUCACCGCCAUUCCAUGAGACACACUCGCUUCGACCCACUCAGUCUUCCAUUGGAUACCAGCGUAGACUUCACAGCUUGCAACCAAACCAAAUUAUUUAACGCCAG